AUAGCAAUGCUCAAUCUACCACUGUGAUACAAUGGACACUGCUAAACUCUGGUUAAUGCUGCUCUGUAUUUGUGGCAGAUGGAUUCUGAGUCUGGCUUAUAUAAACUGUGACUGGACCACUGAGGUUGAAUAUAACAAGAUAUGUUGUAAAGCCUGUCCUUCAGGUUACUUUCCCAAGCCAUGCUCAGAGAACAAAAGUGACAGUGUGUGUGAGAAAUGUUCAAAAGCUUCAUCGGAUAUGGAAAAAUGUCUCUGCAAAGAUAAUCACUUAUGUUCUAAUGAUAAAUGUGGUAAAUGUGAGCCCAGGAAAAUAUGCCAUCCUGGAUAUCAGCUACAGAGAUAUGGUAACUUUGAUUAUAAUUACUUGUGUGAGCCAUGUCCAAGUAACACUUACAAUGAUGUCGAGGACAGCACGUGUAAAUCCAUUACAAAAUGUGUUGAUGGUGAAAUCUUCCCUGGAAACCAGACCCACAAUGCAAGAUGUGGUUCUCCUGCAAAAUUCACAACAGUUCACUCAAAGACAACCAACAGCCAACCAACAAUAUACAAUGGAAAUCAGACUCAUACUUUCAUGGUGGCCUGUUUAGCAGUCACUGUGUUUACCUGCCUGGUUUUUAUCAUGUAUACUGCUUUUAAAAUUUUCAGAUACAAGAUGGGCACAAAAAUAAGCAAACCACCGUGCACACAUAGGAUGGUAUUGCCCUCAGAUACAUGCAGUUGCAAAUUAUCCAAGGAGGAAGAGGGUGAGGUAAAAGACCUGACAUAUCACGCUGAAGUCCCUUGCAAGCAUGAUGUCCACAGAUUUCCCUAAAGGUUCUCUGUAAAGUGAAGAUCGCUGCACAAAGGUGUCAUCAUCUCAGUUUCGAAACUGAUUCAUAUGAGGAGGAAUGAGCAGAAGGUGACAAGUUUAUGUUUGCUCUGAUACAGAAUUUGCUCUCUGAAGUGGAUUUACAGUUUGCAAGACGUACAACAGGAGUGAUGCUUCCUGUCAACUUUAUAUGUUACCUUUUAGGUGUAAAACCUGUUAAAAGAUUCAGUUUCUAAAUGAGCACAGAACAGUUUGCAUUAUGCAAUUAAGCAACGUGUGUAAUUAAACAAUACAAAUGUAACGUUUCACAACAGAUUUACCUGGGGAAAUAGUAAUGUAUAGAAGAAAUACCUCUUAAGUAUUUGACCAAAGAUUAACAGACAUUACAGCAAGCCUUUUUGGUAUUUAAUGCUUCAUAUUUGUCUUUUUUUUGUGAUGUUCGUCUGAUUUUUUUCUUUUGUCACAUGAGAACUAUGUCCUCUAUUUGCUUGUAUGUGCCUUUUCUGCUUUCAUUUUAUAGCUAUUUCACAUCUGAUAAGCACAUUUAUUUUUCAUUGUCACUUUCUAUAUAUAUACAUGCACUUUCUAUAUUCCACUUUCUAAAGUUAACAGGUUCUGUACAUAAUAUAAAAUCUAUAAUUUGCAUACUUUUUCUUAACAAGACUUUCUGUCUUAUAUUUGCACGUUAGGUUUGGGCCAUGUAUUUGAAAGUGUAAACAUUUUUAAAUAUUGUCACUACUACAUCAAUGGAUAUACUAAUAGACAUGUUUUGUGUGUGUGUGUGUGUGUGUGGGUGGGUGUGUAUCAUAAAAAAGAGUUUCAGCAAAUUGGUGUAGGCAUUUUAUUUUCAUUUAUUAAAUUGUAUUGUGGUCAAUGUCCAAUAUAUAGAGUUGUAGCAGUGUAUUACAAUGACUUUUGCCAAGAAAUGUAUAUUAUUAUUGUUUAUUGUACAUGCUUGUUUGUAAGGUGCGCACACAGAGAGCCGCGUCUCACUGACAGCAACACCGAGCUCUCCUUCACGUCCAUGUUUUGGUUAAG